AUGGCCGCCCUCCAGCUCCUGUCCGCUGCGCACGGGCUCGAAGCCCACUGCCAGGGGCGUGCACGCUACUUUUCCAUCAGUUCUUGCCGCUAUACCAAAUUUUACACAGAUCCAGUGGAAGCUGUGAAAGAUAUCCCUAGUGGUGCAACAUUGCUUGUUGGUGGUUUUGGGCUAUGUGGAAUUCCCGAGAAUCUUAUAGGAGCAUUACUAAAGACCGGGGUGAAGGAACUGACUGCAGUCAGCAACAAUGCAGGGAUUGACAACUUUGGCUUGGGCCUUUUACUCCGAUCUAAGCAGAUAAAACGCAUGAUUUCUUCAUAUGUGGGAGAAAAUGCAGAAUUUGAAUGACAGUUCUUAUCUGGUGAAUUAGAAGUAGAGCUGACACCUCAGGGCACGCUUGCAGAGAGGAUCCGCGCAGGUGGGGCUGGGGUCCCUGCAUUUUACACCAGCACAGGGUACGGGACCCUUGUACAAGAGGGAGGAUCGCCCAUCAAAUGCAACAAAGAUGGCAGCGUUGCCAUUGCCAGUAAGCCCAGAGAGGUGAGAGAGUUCAAUGGUCAAAAUUAUAUUUUGGAGGAAGCCAUUAUAGGGGAUUUUGCACUGGUGAAAGCCUGGAAAGCGGACCGGGCAGGAAAUGUGAUUUUCAGGAAAAGUGCAAGAAACUUCAACUUGCCAAUGUGCAAAGCUGCACAAACUACAGUGGUAGAGGUUGAAGAAAUUGUGGACAUUGGAUCAUUUGCUCCAGAAGAUAUCCACGUUCCUAAUUAUGUCCAUCGUCUUAUAAAAGGAGAAAAAUAUGAGAAAAGAAUUGAGCGCUUAUCACUCCGGAAGGAGGGAGAUAAAAAAGCCAAAUCUGGUAAAGCUGGAGAUGAUGUAAGGGAGCGGAUCAUCAGGCAGGCUGCUCUUGAGUUCGAGGAUGGCAUGUAUGCCAAUCUGGGCAUACAUACAUACAGCAACUUCAUCAGCCCAAAUAUGACUGUUCAUCUUCAAAGUGAAAAUGGAGUCUUGGGUUUGGGUCCAUACCCAUUACAGCACGAAGCUGAUGCAGAUCUAAUCAAUGCAGGCAAAGAAACAGUUACUGUUCUCCCAGGAGCCUCUUUUUUCUCCAGUGAUGAAUCAUUCGCAAUGAUUAGAGGGGGACAUGUUAAUCUCACAAUGCUAGGAGCAAUGCAAGUUUCCAAAUAUGGUGACCUGGCUAACUGGAUGGUACCUGGGAAGAUGGUGAAAGGAAUGGGUGGUGCUAUGGAUUUAGUGUCUAGUUCCAAGACCAAAGUGGUGGUCACCAUGGAGCAUUCAGCAAAGAGAAAUGCACAUAAAAUCAUGGAGAAAUGUACCCUGCCACUGACUGGAAAGCAGUGUGUCAACCGUAUUAUUACAGAAAAGGCUGUGUUUGAUGUGGACAAGAAGGGGCUGACUCUGAUAGAGCUCUGGGAAGGCCUCACUGUGGACGACAUAAAGAAGAGCACCGAGUGUGAUUUCGCAGUCUCACCAAAACUCAUGCCCAUGCAGCAGAUCACAGCUUGAAACAUGGAGUAGAUGUUUGUCUGAGGCUGCUGACUCCUUCCUUGUAAACACAUAGGAUUUAAUUGAAAGGAAGUCAGCAAUCACAAUUGUAUAUUAAACAAGCAAUUUUUGACUUAUUUUCUUCUAGUAUUUCAGCAUUUGUGCAGCCACAUAGACUUUGUUCUGUCAAGUAUACUAUGGCAUUCUCAUGAAAAAAACAGGGAAACAUUUCAUGAUGUCUUGUUUCAUUAGAGUUGAGAAGGCUGUCUUGAAAUUGGUGCUCACUUUGGAUGUUUCUUCAUCUUCUGUACUAUACAUGCUAAGUUAUGACUUAGUGCUCUUGAAUGAAAAUAAUGUGUAUAUGAAUUUGUGAUUAGGAGGAAUGCUUUUUUAAUGAUUGUAUAUCUUUCGCCUUUCUUUGACUUUGGUGGGGAAGCCUCUGCUUUGUGAUUAGAUAUUGCUCCCAUAGUUCUUAGAGCCAAAUACAUAUCCAGGAAGGUGUCUCUGGGAAGAGAAGUAACUGGCUUGUAGAAGAGAACAAAAGUUAUAGAAUCGACCAGUACUGAUAUUUCACCAAAAAGUUGCCUUCAUAGAGAGCCAACUAUCUACAAGUGAUUUGCAAAAAGUUGAGUUUAACUAUAGGAAGAGGGCUAGAAAUGUACUGGUCUGCCUAGAUAGUUUUCC